AUGAGUCGGUAUCCAAACGGUCGCCUUGAGCCUAUUUCUGAGGAUAUCACACCUACAGACCAUCAAGUUCUAUGCCUUGGGGGGACUUCAUCCAAUCUCGAGAGACUACCUUCCCGCUUGCAGCGCGCGAAGAGAUCUUCCCCCGAUCUGAAGACCAAAAUGGAGGAGGUCGCCUAUGAAAUGAGCUAUCUCAAGGCCGAGCUUCAAUGGCACAAAGAGACCAAACAAAUUUUAUUGCAGCUUCAAGAACGGAUGUAUGCUGUUUUCAAUUCGCUGGAAGACGCUCUUUCGGAGGCUACAGCACGACUGCAUGAAUCAGAGCAGCAAUACUUGGACCUCUGGCAGUCAGAGACCGGGCAAGUACAGGAGGGUUACCUCUAA